UUACCACAGUCUUCAAAGGGAGGAGGGAAAGGAAGCGCACUCAAACAAAAAGCAUACAUAGGGUUAAAAAAAAAAGAAAGAAAGUGUGGUGAAAUGUCACGGCAGGUCUGAUAGAGUCUGAUAGAUACAGAGAAGUCCAGUAGUAGAAUCACCUGAGUUGUGUGAUGCAGUCUGAAAGUUAACCUUUCAUAAUGGCGAGGCACAGUUUCACAACAGGACUGAAACCAAGAUGAGCUGUGCAGUGAGGAGGUGCAGGCGUGAGACUCAGCGGGUAGCAAUUUCUCUAAACACCGAGGCCUAGAAGAACCAACUGAAGAGUCGAUUAAUGAGGAACCGAAUGCUUCCUCUGCCUCUGAAACACCACAGGAGGAGCUUCACCAGCACACAGAAAGUGGCUUAGUAAGACUUCCUGAAAAGGUCAUGGCCUCGCCCAGUUGAUCACAUACAAUGAAGAGAUUGGAUGAUGAGCCCACAAAGAGUGGGAACAGGACGAGCCUUUCUGACCAGCUCCCCAAUGGUGACUCGGUGACUCAGAGAAGCCCUGUGGCUUUAUUGCAGGGGUUACGUCAGUGUCAGGGGGCAUGGAACCCAGGAAGUCCGUGGGACGGACAGGGAGCCCAUGCUGCCUUGUGGGGCAGGCCACCAGGGAGUUUCCUGGUGGUGUCUGACUCUUCUUCUCAGAAUAAACUCCUGUGUGUGUCUGUCGAUGACCAAGCCAAGAAAGUACAAGACUUUCCCAUCAUACACACUGGCUCAGCACAGCGCCUGAAUACAUCUCACCUGGCCUUUUCUGACCUGCUGCAGCUGGUGAUCUUCUACACUUUAAGCAGGGAUGUGUUGCCUUUGUGUUUGUCGGUUCCCUCAUGGGUGUGUGGCUUAACUGAACAGCCACAGCAUCUUGUUUCGCCACUGGGUCCAAAGGCCUGGCUUUGUCCCUCAUCAGAUCUGCCAUCAGGCACAAUGAGUCCAGGAACACCAGACACACAGGACACUGUAAUGUGCACCAUACAGUUAACAGCAGCCAAUGGUGCACUCUGCUUCAUCAACCCUCUGUAUCUCCAAGAGCAUGGAGAUGAUUGGCUGACACAUUCCUCAGUCAGCACAAAUCUCAAUAAUCGCCCCUUUUCCAAGCGCGAGAGGCGGCUGAGUACAGCAAGAGCUUGGUCAGGGGCGGGGCUUAAGAAGCGAACCGAAUCGGUGGAAGACUCGUCUGCCACUUUAGACAGCUCAGCAGGUUCUCUCGUUCAGAACCCGGUUUCCCCGAUGACUCCAACUGGAGUGGUUUUGCGCAGAGCAAGCAGUUCCAGUAUCUCAGAUCCUCAAAAGAGGGUGAGUGCAGAUUCGAUCGGCAGCCCCAUCCCUCUGUCCCCGCACCGAGUGUCUUGGGUCGAGGACAAACUAUGGAUGAACCCACCUGCUCCUUCCUCCCUGCUCCACCCUCCAUGCCUAGAAUUUGAUUCUCUGUCAAUGAGCAGCAUAGACGAGGAGGCUGAUCCUGAGCCAUCCGUAAGCCCCUCCAAUGUACAAAACUCACCACGCCUCCAACUGGCUGACAAGGUUAAGAACAGGCUUUCAGCAGUUGGCCAGGCUCUAGGUGGCUUAAUGAGUCCACAGAAACGACUGAGUAAGCGUGUGCAGGAAAUGAGUGAACGUAAGAGCAAUCCCUUUGCAGAGGCUCUAAGGGGAUUUGUGGAGCAGACGCUGAAAACGAGAGAUGUUUGUAGCAUGACAAGUACAGAGAUGCUGCAGGAAGUGCGCUCCUCCCUCACAAAUUUGAGGGAACUGUUGUACGACUCUGUCGAAAUCCAGAUCAUCAUAGACUCCCUGGGAGAUGUGCCUGAUUUUGAGCUAGAUACCUUGCUGGAGCAUGCCUUACAUAAAGUGGCUCUGAAGCCACUGUAUUCCCAUUUGUACGAGUGCAUGAAGACGGCAAGGCAGCAGGAUGGCAGUCUGCAGCGGUUGCAAGUGAACCAGCACACGCUGGUGAGCCGAAGCCUAGAGGAGCUGGAGGGGACAGCGGGAGCAGGCGUGCCUGAUGUGGCCAUGCUGGAGAAGAUCCAGCAGCGCUGGGCUACCAUGCAUCAACAAUACUCACCCCAAAAGAAGGUGGAACUGCUGCUCAAAGUCUGCAAAAACAUUUACCACAGCAUGACUGUCAAUGCCAAGCCUGGUGCGGUUUUCGGAGCGGAUGAUUUCCUGCCCUGUCUGACGUGGGUAUUACUGCGUAGCGAUGUCGUUACUCUGCAGAUAGACACAGACUACAUGAUGGAGCUGCUGGACCCCUCUCAGUUACAGGGAGAAGGUGGCUAUUACCUGACGUCCCUCUAUGCCUCCUUGUUCUACAUUAGCAGCUUCCGGUCUCGUUUGGCGACACGCCAACUGAGCGCCGAAGCCCAGAAGUCCCUCAGCCAAUGGCAUCGCAGACGCACGCUCCACUGCAACCAAUCACGGCGCAGUAGGAACCGCAGGACCAUCAGGAGGCACAGAAGUGGUGAAAGAGUCGAGGAGGACUCAGAGGAGGUGAAUGCAAGUGCAUCCAAACAGAGAGACGGAGACGGGGCUCACGCUGGUGAUGUGACAGAGACACUGCAGAGUUUGACUGAGAGUUCUAGAGAGGAAAAGGAAGAGGAGCAAAAUGGAAGAUCAGAGGAUUAAUAGCUCUGAGGCUGGAUACUAGAGGAGCAAUAUUAACAUUAAAACUGCCCUGCACUUUUGCCUUAACAGUGUGUGGAAAGACUUACAGAAAUAUGGACAACACCCCUGUCCAAAACUACACAAUUCUUGGUCUUGGGGUUCUUAUUUUGUGUGUCCUAAUAGCACCAUUUAUGAGGCCUUAAUGCACCAUUUGGUGAAGUCUACAGACUCAAUGCUGUAUAAUAUAUUCAAAUGUAUCUUAAAGUGUUUUUAUUUAAUUUGUAGCAGCAUUAGAGUCAGAGGAAGGUAAUCAAAAACCUGAUUAAAUGAUUUGAAUAAACCAAACAGAAUCGAUUACUGAUUUCCAUCUGCAGUCUGUAUCAUUUGAUAUGGAGUUGCAGCAUAGGAUACAGGGAGUUGAUUUUGCCAUGAUGCACCACAACGUCUACACCCAUGCACUUCUGACGAUGGUGCACUACAGAGGAGGACCACAUGACUGAAGUCAACACCAAGUAUUUCAGUCUACGCAAUGUAAUUUCCUGUUAAAGUGAGCACACAUCCUGGUUUAGAUGCAACCAAAUUGCUCUACCUUCCUUUAAGGCAUGCACCUCACUAUUGGGGGUUAUUUUAGAUGCUGGUAAUACAAAGAAAAUGCCUUAGAAUGAGGUAGGUGUAUUUAUAAUUAGUUUUCUUAUACCUAAGAAAACUAAUUACAAAUACAUUGCAUAAGACAAUUAGGCAUAAUUGCAGAUUUAUUAGGAUUUUCCAAUACAGACUAAAGAUUUAAUGAGGGUUGCUUUUUUUAACAGUAUAAUUGCUAUAAAUCUGAUAUGUGAUCAUUGCAGUGUAAUUUAGUGCAUGCUGUUCCAUGCAAAACUGGAAUCGACAGUAACAUAGCAGUACUGAAACUAUUUAAACUUCACAGAUCAGGCUUGUAUAAGUCCCAAGUCUUCAUAUCAGGCAUCAAAUUGUUAGUCAGCAGCAGCAAUGUCUGAGAUAGUGGAGACAGAUAAGCAUUGCUAGCCCAAUCAAAAUGCUUGGACAGAAACAGUGUGAUUAUAAUCUGCAAAUAAUCCGAGCCAAAAUCUGUGGAGAUAUCGGCAUUUCACAGCUCAACAUCUAACCUGCAGAAACAUCUACAGGUAAGCCUUUAGCUAGCAGCGUGAGCUAGACUAGCUAGCCAGAUCUUUUAAUGUUUUACAGUAUGAAAGCGCUGUAGUAAACGUAAGAUGUGUCUCUGAUGAUCAAUAGCGAUUGCCUGUAGUGUAUCUAUCUAAGUGCUGCUAAUAUAGAGGUGUCCAAUCUUAUCCACAAAAAGGUCCAAUGUGGGUGCAGGUUUUCAUUCCAAUCAAGCAGGAGCCACACCCGAUCCCACCUGUUUAAUCAGUUGACCUUGGCUUUCAGUAGACUCAGGUGUGGCUUCUGCCUGGUUGGAAUGAAAGCCUGCACUCACACCGGCCCUUUCCGGAUAAGAUUGGACACCCCUGUUCUAAUCUAAUGUAUCUAAUGUAUGUGCUAAGUGCUGCUACAGCUUAAGACAUGUAUGAAUUAACAUGAGCUAGCUAGCUAAUAACCCUAGCAAGCGUCUGAAACCCCAACAGCAUUUGUCUAAGUAAGCUAGCCAGCUAGUAUUAAUGACAACAUGAGCUAACCUGAAGUGAUACUUUUCACUUUUAGGAUAGCUCACUUGUUUAGUUAACCUGAAACCAGAAUAGAAAAUGAAACAUUUUCAGUUGCAUCAAUUAUAGACAUAUAAUCCGUAAUUUGUAAAGUAAUUACUCAAGUAGAUUUUCACCAGAUGACUUAUUAACGCUUACUUGAAAAAUGCUACUUUUACUUUUACUCAGGUGAAUUAUUACUCCAGUAGCUUUACUACAUUUACUAUAUUUACUCAGUCAGUAUAUAGCAGUAUAUAUAGUCAGUGUGUUUUGUACUCUUUCCACCCCUGAUUACACUUUUUUCCCCAUUUGUUCUUCUUAUUUUUCUUUUUCUUUAUCUUUUUUUAACAUUUUUUUGUUUGUUUGUUUGUUAAACAUGGCUCACAAUUAAAACCACCAGGGGACGCUGUUGCAUCUGUAUCUGCAUAUUUGUGGCUAGUACUAAGAAAAUAUCAAAUUCAAUCUGCUGAAGUUGUCACAGCUGGUCCUAGUAUUUAUUUAUUUAUUUAUUUUCUUUUUUAAUUAAGGGUAUUCUGAUUAUUAUUGUGCAUUUAAGUUUUACUGAAA